UUGUUUUUUAUUGCCCCUCCCAGGUGGCUUCUGAAAGAGAAAACCAAGUGACACAUGUUUAAGAAGGGUUUAAAAGUUUGAUGUGCUUGGAUUAGGCAUUAUUUAUCUAGUGAGAAGCAGAAGAUUGGUGCUUCUGUGGGCUUCUGCGGGCUUUUGCGGACUUCUGUGACCAUCUGAGCAGCAAAUCCAGCAAUGAAUAAUUCAACGGGCUGUCCGGCCAGUGCAACUGUGUGCAAUGGCACGUCCUGUGUGGUAACUAAGAAAAACUUCAAUGACAUUCUCAGUGUGGUACUGAGUACUGUCUUGACCGUCCUUUUGGCUAUGGUGAUGUUCUCCAUGGGAUGUAACGUGGAAAUCAAGAAAUUCCUAGGACACAUAAAGCGGCCGUGGGGCAUCUGUGUCGGCUUCCUCUGUCAGUUUGGAAUCAUGCCCCUCACAGGAUUCAUCCUAUCAGUGGCCUUCGACAUCCUCCCGCUCCAAGCCGUGGUGGUACUCAUCAUGGGAUGCUGUCCCGGAGGAACCGCCUCCAAUAUCUUGGCCUAUUGGGUUGAUGGCGACAUGGACUUGAGCAUCAGCAUGACCACAUGCUCCACGCUGCUUGCCCUGGGAAUGAUGCCGCUGUGCCUCUUUAUCUAUACCAAAAUGUGGGUCAACUCUGGGACGAUCGUCAUUCCCUUUAAUAACAUAGGUACAUCUUUGGUCGCUCUUGUUGUUCCUGUUUCCAUUGGAAUAUUUGUUAAUCACAAAUGGCCCCAUAAAGCCAAGAUCAUACUUAAGAUCGGGUCCAUCACAGGCGCAAUCCUUAUUGUGCUCAUAGCUGUCGUUGGAGGAAUCCUAUACCAGAGUGCCUGGAUCAUCGCUCCCAAACUGUGGAUCAUAGGAACGCUAUUUCCUUUGGCCGGAUACUCUCUAGGGUUUUUACUGGCUAGAGUAUCUGGUCAACCCUGGCACAGGUGCCGGACAGUUGCUUUGGAAACAGGGAUGCAGAACACUCAGCUGUGCUCCACCAUCGUGCAGCUCUCCUUCACCCAGGAGGAACUCAACCUCGUGUUUACCUUCCCGCUCAUCUACAGCAUCUUCCAGCUUGCCUUCGCAGCAAUAUUCCUAGGAACGUAUGUGGCAUACAAGAAAUAUCAUGGAAAAAAUAAUGUGGAAUUUUCAGAGAGCAAAGACGACGAAAUGGUCUCCGGGUCAUCGCUCCAUAAGGUGAAUGAAGGAUUUCAACCAGAUGGAAGGUAGACACCGACUGGACAAAAGAGAAAAACUCAAAAGUACAUGCUUCUGUUAACAAGAUUUGUUGGUUUUGAUGGGGUAUUUGGCAGGAAAAAGUUAAAGUGCAAAUUUAAAUUCCAGUUGAAUCCAUACACUGGUUUUGGUACCAAGUGACUGAUGGUUCAAAUCCUUAAUGUGACAAAUAUUUGUAUAUAUAUGCACACACACACACACACACACACACACACAUAUAUAUAUACUGUCUUUGAAAUAUGCCCAAGAAAUAUCCUCGGACCUCCAACUAAAACUGACAUUGAGAACAUCUUAACUCCUGAACAGAUUCUUAACCAGAAUCUCAUAACCCGACUUUUCGUAUCUUAAUAUAGAUGCAAUGAAUUGUUGUUAUUAUUAUAAAAUGAUCAAGAUUUUCUUCAGUAUUUACGAUUGUAAAAAGAUUGAAAUGAACAUCUUCCACUGACAUAUUAAUUACUACUUUGAAAAUGUUGUAACCUAUUUAUUUAUAUAACUUUGUUGUAUAACAUGGACAAAUGCCUGACUUCCUGUAUUAAAAAAAAAAAA